AUGAGGUUUUCUCUCUGGACCUCAUUUUUUAUAUUUCUGGCAUUCGCUAAAGUAAUCCAAGCUGUUGAGAAAGCGGAUCACGCAGAUGAGGAAGUAAUCACUGCUGAACAGGAUAUUCCGGUUCACAAGCCACGUGGAUAUAAGCUGAGGAAACUGGAAGAAGGAGAUGAAUUAUUGUUGAGUCAAGUUGUAUGGCGUCACGGAGAUCGUGCUCCAACCGGCACUUAUCCAACCGAUCCACAUAAGGAAGAAGCCUGGCCAAAUGGAUGGGGAGAGCUCACUCAGCUUGGAAUGCGUCAGCAAUACGCUUUGGGACGUCUUCUUUUCAAAAAAUAUGUCAACUCCACUGGACCAUCCCAGCUUUUGAGUGGUUCCUAUAAUUCCAAAGAGGUCUACAUUCGCUCAACAGAUGUCAAUCGAACUUUGGUAUCAGCCCUGGCAAAUUUGGCUGGAAUGUUCGAAAAUGGAAAUCGUGGAGCUGAUUAUCCGGAUGCCAAAAGAUGGCCAACUAAUUGGACACCUAUUCCAAUUCAUACAUUGGCUGAGAAAGAUGACCCGGUUGGCAAUGUUUUUGCACCAUGCCCACGUGCUGAAGAGCUCACCAAGGAAAUAUAUUCUGGAAAUGGAUUCCAGAAGUUUGUGGCUGAAAAUCAGGAAUUCCUGGAUUUUGUUUCUGAAAAGACUGGAAAGAAAAUUAUCAUGCCAGAAAUUUAUAUGAUAAACGAUGUGCAUUAUAUUGAGAAGCUCUACAACAUGUCCCAACCCGACUGGAUUACUGAUGACGUGGAAAUUAAGCUUCGGAAUCUUUCUCAAGUGUCGACAAGAUUCCUUUUCGGAAUCGGCGAUCCAUAUGUUCCAGAAUUGAUUCGUUUGAGAGGAGGACCUCUUCUUUCCACUAUGAUCGACAAAAUGAACCAUAAAUUGAGCUGCGCCGAGAAAAACAACCAGGGAGAGGAUUGUGCAUGGAUUGGAAAGCUCAAAUAUCAUGCUUACAGUGCGCACGACACAACAGUUUACGCAUUUUUGACGACUUUUGGAGAUGAGGAGAAAGUGAUUGAGGGAGGAAUGCCCCAUUAUACGGCAUCGGUUGCUGUGGAGCUUUGGAAUCUGAAAAAUGGAGGACCGAGUGUCAGAGUUUUGUUCCAUAGUGCCUUCCAUCACAACUACCACGUCAUCACUCAUUUGGCCAAGGGAUGCCCACAUAAUUCGGAAUUUUGUUCUCUGAAGACUUUCGAACAACGCAGUCUGAAAUUCCUCCCAGUCAACCUUGAGAAAGAAUGUGCUUCCCGAAAAUCGGCUGAAAAAAAUCGAACUCUCUGGAAAUUCAAAGGAACUAAGCAUAAUUAA